UGUGACGUUAGCAGAUGUACUCUCACUCUAUAUUGAACCCUUGGUGAAAAAGAGCGUGCGUCAGUCAGUUGUGUUUAAGAGCGAUUUGUUAGAUCCUAUCAUGCCUGAGCGCGAAUCUGAUGUGUACUCGAAUCCUCUGGCUCCAGAUGGCCAUGAGGUGGAGGACCAUCGGUCAGCGCUGCAAUCCAAGCUGACCAAUGAUGACUUCAGGAAGCUUCUGAUGACCCCUAGAGCCACCCCAUCCUCAGCGCCACCCUCUAAAUCACGGCAUCAUGAGAUGCCACGGGAAUAUAAUGAGGAUGAGGAUCCUGCAGCGCGAAGACGGAAAAAGAAAAGUUACUACGCUAAACUGCGGCAGCAAGAGAUGGAGAGAGAGCGCGAAUUGGCAGAAAAGUAUCGUGAUCGUGCUCGAGAGAGACGUGAUGGUGUUAAUAAAGACUAUGAGGAGACUGAGCUCAUCAGCACCACUGCCAACUACAGAGCUGUGGGGCCCACCGCAGAAGCGGACAAAUCUGCGGCGGAGAAGAGGCGUCAGUUGAUCCAGGAGUCCAAGUUCUUGGGUGGUGACAUGGAGCACACUCACUUGGUGAAGGGUUUGGAUUUUGCCCUGCUGCAGAAGGUCAGAGCUGAAAUCACUAGUAAAGAAAGAGAAGAGGAAGACAUGAUUGAAAAAGUGCAAAAAGAAGUCAAGAAAGAUGAAGAUCCAGAGCAGAAGAUUGAGUUCAAGACUCGUCUGGGAAGAAACAUUUACCGCAUCCUGUUCAAAGGACGUCAGAUGGAGCGAAACGAGCUGUUCCUACCAGGUCGUAUGGCGUAUGUGGUGGAUCUUGAGGAUGAGUAUGCUGACACGGACAUCCCAACCACCCUCAUCCGCAGCAAAGCUGACUGCCCCACCAUGGAGGCUCAGACGACACUCACCACCAAUGACAUCGUCAUCAGCAAACUGACGCAGAUCCUAUCAUAUCUGAGGCAGGGCACACGAAACAAAAAACUCAAGAAGAAGGACAAAGGGCGUUUGGAUGAGAAGAAAGCCCCAGAGGCAGACCUGAACAUCUUCGAUGACAUCGGAGACUAUAUCCCCUCUACCUCCAAAAGUAGCAGAGACAAAGAGAAGGAGCGCUACCGUGAGAAAGAGAGGGAGAGGGAGAAGGAUCGUGAGCGGGAGAAGGAGAGAGAGAGAGAUGAAGAGAAAAGACGACACAAUUACUUUGAGAAGCCUCAAGCUGAUGAGGAGGCCAUGGACAUUGAUAAAGGUCCAGACUCCGUGAAGGACCAGAUCAAGUUGAUCAAUGAGAAGUUUGCUGGAACUGCUCAGUGGCAAGGACAGGAACUUGGAAACCGACGUGAGGAGAAGAAACAUCUUGGAGAUUUCUUUGGGAUGUCAAACAGUUAUGCUGAAUGUUACCCUGCCACAAUGGAUGAUCUUGCUGUAGACAGUGAUGAAGAGGUGGACUACAGCAAGAUGGACCAAGGUAAUAAGAAGGGUCCUCUGGGCCGCUGGGACUUUGACACUCAAGAGGAGUACAGUGACUACAUGAACAACAAGGAGGCGCUGCCAAAGGCUGCCUUCCAGUACGGUAUCAAAAUGUCAGAGGGCAGAAAGACUCGUCGCUUUAAAGAGACCAAUGAGAAGGCCGAAUUAGACCGUCAGUGGAAGAAAAUCAGCGCUAUCAUUGAGAAGAGGAAGAAGAUGGAGGCAGAUGGGGUGGAUGUCAAGCGGCCAAAAUAUUAAAGCUUCAUUUCAACAUUAUGCUGCAUGUAUAUGACAUGUGUUGUGUGCAUAUAUACAUAUAAAACAGUGAGUUAUCGUAUUAGUUAUGAGUCAUAGUUUUCAUGUUUGUUCCAUUAUUUCAUUGCUAAAAUGAAUUUGAAAGCCCAAAAUAACCCCAUUGUCUGUUUUUGUUCCAUCUGAACUGUGGCUUUAUUUCAUUAUAUAUUCCUCUAAAUAACCCAAAAAAUUAUUACUGGUACUAUAUUCUUUUAGUAUUCAAAGAGCUCUUGUAUGGUUAAUCAGUGAUUCCAGGCCAGGAGUAUUUCUUUGAAAUAUUGUGAUUUUUGUUUGCUUAUUAAACAGAAACAUUCAACUUG